CCACGCGCCCGAGGGGCUGCAGCCAGCUGGGUGCUACUCGGAACGGCCUCCGCUCAGACUGUAACUCUGCUUUCCUGCCUCUCCUCUGAACGGAGCGCGCGAACAGCAGCCUGACCUUGGUAUUCUUGCCUCUUCCUCCCAGCAUCGGACAUGGGCGACAUUGAGAAGGGCAAGAAGAUCUUCGUCCAGAAAUGUGCUCAGUGCCACACGGUUGAAAAAGGAGGCAAGCACAAGACUGGCCCCAACCUGAAUGGCCUCAUUGGACGGAAGACUGGCCAAGCGGCUGGCUUCUCUUACACAGACGCAAACAAGAAUAAAGGAAUCACCUGGAACGAGGAUACUUUGAUGGAGUACUUGGAAAAUCCUAAGAAGUACAUCCCAGGAACAAAGAUGAUUUUUGUUGGCAUUAAGAAGAAGGCUGAAAGGGCAGACUUGAUAGCAUAUCUCAAAGAUGCCACUUCUAAGUAAUAGUUGUCUGCUGCCUUAUUUAUUUCACAACAGAAAAGGAAAUGAAAGUGUCUCUGCGAUGAGAUUGGUUUUUAAAUUUUCUAUUUUUUACAUGUAUUAUAUCAAGCCUCUUAAAAUCUGUCUCAUCAGCCAGAGAAUGUUGCUCAUGGAAGAUGGUUAAAGAAUAUAUUUGUUUGGCAUCCAUAACUUAUGGGAAUACAUGUAAAUUGGAUUGGGUUUGAAUGAGUACAAUCAUGUUCUAUGUUUUGUAGUCAUUCCUGAUCAUGCAAUUAAAAAAAAGGAAGAGUGUUUGUGCUUCUUCAUUCUAAAGAAUAAGUAAAUAUGUCAAUAGUAUGGUGGCUAUGAUAUAACCCAGUCCUUCAGGAAAGAGAAGACUAGUUUCUUGCAAUUUCCCAUGUAUCCUCUUUUCCAUUAUGUCUUUCCCCACAAAGACAAUCAAAGAAGGGAAUUAAUUUACCACAGUUCUUACUAUAAUUGUAUCAAUGAGUACGAAGACAUUGUUUUUGUUGGAACUAAUAUUGUAGCUAUUUUUUAUUUUAUAGCCUGCUAGGCAAACUGGGCAAAGUACCAGCUUCUUUGAUAGUGUCUGUUGGAAAGCCUUACCUGGCUUAUGCAAAUUACUGGUUUCAUUGUGCAUUAUAUCAUGCACGCCCUGUGUUCAAAAAAGUUGUAGUCUUAAAUCAUUGAAAUGCUAUUUCAUAGGAACUUUUUAAAGGGGCGGUUAAUCAAAAUUGUUCAGUCUCGUGACUGUUCUAGAUAUAUCAGAUGUAUUAUGACUCCUGAAAGAAACACCCAGUCUGUUGUGAAAAGAGAAUUAAUAAGUGCUCUGGGAGUUAACAAGGUACACUGUAAAAACUGCUUGAGUCUGUGAGCAAGGAUUUAUCUAGCUAAUAUUUCUCAUUAAUAUUGCUCAAUUGGUUACAGGAAACUUCUGAUCAAUGCAAGUGCAAUUCUGCACCUAGUGUUGAAGAGAGAAAUUAAGUCUUCCCCCCUGCCUUGCUUUUUUUGCAAAUACUGUUACUUGCUCACUUCUGAAAACUUGAUUUUACAGAAUGUCAAAUGAAAUCUUUAAAAAGUUCAACUGUUUUCUCCACAGACAUAACUGAAUUGUUAGGAUAAAGGUGUUUGUUUGUGUCUCUCCUCUCAGGCAUACUUAAAUUUAAGUGUGCUUGAUACUAUAAAUUAAAAAACCUUCCCAGCAGAAUA